AAGAUUUUAAACUGUUAGGGAAGGUAUACAGCUGAGCAAUAUAUGAAUGCAUUUAUUGGAAUGACUGCUAUAAACAUUUUCUAAAACUGUACAUGUCUGCAGAAGUUUUAAUUUGCUGUGUAUGCCUCAUUAUAAAUGAAAGAUGACAAUAAUGUUCAUAACAUUUUGUGCAUUUGUAAUGAAGCUAUUGUUUUAAGUUUAUUUCACUGCUAAGAAUGGAUAUAUACUCAUUGUGUAGUGGACCAUUGAAGUCAGAAUGCAAAUACUGUUGGCACAAAUCAGGGUUUGGAAAGUCAGAAUACUUCUAUUGCAGUGCCUUCCAGUACUGCUGCGGUGAUAAAUGUUGUGAGAAUAUAGCAGAGUUCUAUAAACUCUGGUAUUUUUGGUUGUGUGCUCUAGUCUUGGCCUUGGCAACGUUUGCUGCAUUGUACUGGUUCUGCCGUCGCUAUGCAUCACCCGUGUCAUCAAGGUCAUCUGGGGGUGAUAGGUCGAGGUCACAUAGAAGUAGGUCAUCAAGAAGAUAUAGGCACCUUUCAGGUGAAGGUCACCGCGGUGCUACAGGCUCAGUGGUUAUCCCUAAUGAAGUGGUGAUAUCCCCGCCUCCAUACUGCGGGAACAAUUCUGGCUGUCCCCACUUGGGGCCCCCUCCCUAUGCACUCACCCUAGGCUCAGGCAGCUCAAUCAACUCGCAGACCUUGCCUCGGUGUCCACCAUCAUACAACGACAUAGAGAAGCACCCGCCCCCUAGUUACAGCAGCCAGGAGGAGGUGUACCAGGUCAAGGUCACACACUGUGAUAAACGUGGCAACAAAGGGGACUCUUAGUAAUCUGUUUUCUACUGUUGAUACAAUUAUUAUGUGCAAGGGAUGAUCCAACAGUUUUUAAACAAACAAGUGCUAAACUGUACAUGGGUUGCAAUGGCAAAAGUUUAAAUUAA